UCUGUCUCUGUUUCUCUCUCUGUCUCAGACUGGUUUUUCUAUGGUCGGACAUAAAUGUUUACAGUAAAAAUACAGGCGCGCAAGAUUUAAGGGAAAUGGUGUCCAUGGUAGAGUUCAAAACUAGUUGAGUGAACUUGGAGUUGCUCAUCACCUGAGAGCCCAGAUUGUAACUCCACCGCCUCUGCAUGCGCCUGUAGCUUUUGCCUUUUGGCCUACGUACGUCUAUUACAGUGCAUCAUCGACCCUUUUCCUGAGAGAUGGUUGCCUUUGGAAAGAAACUGAGAGAAUCACAAAUUCAAGAAUGGCAAGGAUACUACAUCAAUUAUAAAUUAAUGAAGAAGAAAGUCAACCGAUACAAACAACAAAUUGAGGUUCGAACACAAAAUCACCUCAAUGUUCUGAUGGACUUCUCAAGAUUGCUAGAUUGUCAGAUCGAAAAGAUUGUUCUUUUCCUGCUAGAACAACAAGGACUACUUGCUAACAGGCUAUCCAAUCUCAGAGAUCAUCAUCAUGCCCUUUUACAGCAGCCUGAUGGACCAAGAAUAUCUGAAUUACAAGAAGCAUACAGAGUAGUUGGACGUGACCUUUUAAGGCUUCUAUCUUUUGUUGAGAUGAAUGCCAUUGGUUUACGCAAAAUAUUGAAAAAGUUCGACAAACGGUUUGGUUAUAAGUUCACUGAUUACUAUGUCAAAACUCGUGCAAAUCAUCCUUACUCCCAGUUGCAACAAGUUUUUAAGCAUGUGGGUUUUGGUGCUGUCGUUGGAGCCAUAUCUCACAAUCUUGCUGACCUUCAAGACCUCCAACGCCAUCAGGGAAACUACAUAUCAAUAUAUGAUCAGCCUGAUUUAUCCCACCCGGAUCCUGUCAUUGAAUCUAUUAGAUCAGCUGUUGACAGGUUUUCAAACUCAACAAAUUACCUUCACUUUUUGGGAAGGCAUGCGUUUAUUAUGGAGGAGGAGUUACCAACUCAAUCUGAAGAUGAUAGUGUUGACAACAGAUAUCACUCUAUGUCACUUCUCUUGAACUUGGUAAACACAUUUCUGUACAUGGUCAACACGUAUAUUAUAGUGCCGACAGCAGACAACUACUCCAUGAGCCUUGGAGCUGCAGCAACCGUCUGUGGUGUUGUGAUUGGCUCUAUGGCUGUGGCACAGGUGUUUUCUUCAGUUUAUUUUAGCGCAUGGUCGAAUAAAUCAUACUUGAGGCCACUUGUAUUUAGUAGCAUUGUCCUUCUAGUGGGAAACACCUUAUAUGCAUUGGCCUAUGAUCUCAAUUCAAUAUCAGUUCUUCUGAUUGGUCGCCUUUUCUGUGGGUUAGGUUCAGCAAGAGCUGUUAACAGGCGUUAUAUCAGCGAUUGUGUGCCACUCAAAUUGCGAAUGAGGGCUUCUGCAGGUUUUGUUAGCGCAAGUGCACUUGGAAUGGCAUGUGGUCCAGCUAUUGCUUGUUUACUUCAAAUGAAUUUUAAGAUUUAUAAAGUCACUUUCAAUGAAGACACUUUACCUGGUUGGCUUAUGGCUCUUGCGUGGCUUGUCUACUUAAUAUGGUUGUGGAUUUCUUUUAGAGAGCCUCCUCGUGAGACUAAAGAAAACCUUGUGCCACAAGAAACUGAUGCUGUUCUAGGACCAUUGGUAAAUGUUGCUGUGGAGAAUGGUUUUACCCAACCAUUGCUAAUUAAAUCAGAAGCUAAGCAACAAGAUGAAGAUGGAGACGAAGAAUGUGAUGAUGCUGAAGAAGAUUCUAGGGAAAUUCACAAACCUGUCACAUCAAUUGUGGCAGCAUAUAGAUUACUUACACCAUCAAUAAAGGUUCAACUAUUUGUGUAUUUUAUGCUCAAAUAUGCAAUGGAGAUUUUACUUGCUGAAUCAAGUGUUAUCACUGAAUAUUAUUUUAUUUGGUCAACCAGCAAUGUGGCAAUCUUUCUUGCAUGUCUCGGUCUAACAGUACUUCCAGUAAACAUUAUUGUUGGAAACUAUAUCAGCAACAUGUUUGAAGAAAGGCAAGUUCUACUGGCAUCUGAAAUUAUGGUGUGUAUUGGUAUACUCCUAAGCUUCCACAUAUUCAUACCUUACUCUGUCCCUCAGUAUGUUGGCUCAGCUCUAAUCACAUUUGUGUCUGCUGAAGUCCUUGAAGGCGUGAACUUAUCGCUCCUAUCUCGUGUCAUGUCAUCAAGGCUUUCCCGAGGGACAUACAAUGGCGGACUACUCUCCACAGAAGCGGGGACUCUGGCUCGAGUCAUUGCAGAUGGUAUGAUAACACUAGCUGGUUAUUUAGGUGAGAGUAAACUCUUGAAUAUGACCUUGGCUCCUGCACUUUUCAUAUGUAUCUCAUCCAUCAUAGCCACCUGCUUCACCUAUAACUCUCUCUACUAGUACCCUUCCUUUCUAACAUGUAUAAAUGUUGCAUAGUAUAGCUGAACUUUUUCACUCAUCAAUGGUGAAUAUUUGAAUUCAGCUGGCAAUGGGAGCUAUCAAUCUGUCUUGUUAUCUUUCCCAUGAAUGCUUAAUACUAUAAAAACAUUUUAAUUUUCUUGAGGCCUAAGUAAGAUGACUUAUUUGCUUUACGA